AUCAGGUGACGUGCACUGCCAAGCGUCAAGGACCGUGGGUGGUAGGCGACGGAGUGAAGCGAGCGCGUCCAGGGAUGACUCUCAAAUCGACCGGUGGUCGUUUCUACAGCACUCGGUGCUGCGUUUUCUGCCAUGUCCGAACCGGGACCAUCGUCCUCGGGGCUUGGUACAUGGUGGUGAAUUUGCUGAUGGGCAUUUUGCUGACUGUGGCAGUAACUCACCCUGGAAGGGUACCCCCACUGGACCUACAGUAUGAAGUUAUUGGAAACUACUAUUCCUCAGAUAGAGUGACAGAAAAUGCUUGUGUUGGGUUUACCAUCUCUCUUUUGAUGUUUACUAUCAGUGCCAUGUUGGUGUAUGGCGCUAUUACUCAUCGUGGAGGAUGGCUGAUUCCAUUCUUCUGCUACUUGUUGUUCAAUUUUGCUCUGUCUUGCCUUGUUGCCAUCAGCUCUCUCACCUAUGUACCCAGGAUCAAGGAUUAUAUUGACCAAUUGCCGGAUUUUCCUUACAAGGAUGACCUCCUUGCUUUGGACUCAAGUUGUCUCCUGCUAAUGGUUCUGCUUAUCUUUACCAUUGUCAUAACUGUUAAGGCUUACUUCAUAAACUGUGUCUGGAACUGCUACAAGUACAUCAACAAUAGGAACACGCCUGAGAUAGCUGUGUAUCCAGCUUUUGAAACACCCAUUCAGUAUGUGCUGCCAACCUAUGAAAUGGCUAUGAAGAUGCCAGAAAAAGAACCUCCACCUCCAUACAUGCCUGCUUGAACAUAAUGAAGACAAAGCCUAUUCAUCUUCCCAGUUUGCUGAUCUCUGGUGGAACCUCCUGAACAAUUUGCAUACAUUCACUGACACUGAAUUGGUCAUGGACUUAGAUCCAUGGAUUUAGAUUGAAGAGGAAGAACACAUUAAAAGCUGACGUUAUUCCUCA